GUUUGGUGGAGAGGAACAGCAGGUGUCAGAGUGAAACAGAGUCAGAUAUAUAUUUCUUUGAUUUUUUGUUAAGUUUGUACACUUAGUAUUUGUGCACUCUGUCCAUCUGAGCUGACCUGGAAAACCAAAACAUUCAGAUUCAACAGCAAAACCCGCAGCGUUUUGAUUUGAAGUCAUUCAGGAUUUCCCAUCAACAGCCAGGCGAACAUGACGAACAAGACGGGUCUCAUCCUGAAGGUGGCCUUGCUGCUGCUGGUGCUGCUGCAGGGCACAGAUGCAAAGAUGGAAAUCAUGACUAGUAAGCAAGAUUUCCUCGUCGGAGAAGAAAUCAUUCUGGUGUGUAAAAUCCUGACUGGAGAAGGAGAAAUCACAUGGUUUAAGGAUGGCACGGAAAUCGAUGAUAGCGACAUGGUGAAACAUGUGGAUGAAACUGUCUCUAAAUUGGUCAUUAAGAAGGCUACAAUGAAAGAUGCAGGCAGAUAUACCUGUAUGUGUGAGUUAAACAGCGGACCCAUAGAUGAAGCUCUGACACAGAUUUAUGUUUAUGAGGCUCUUUCAUUUGGAAGUACCCCCAGCUACCAUGAGUUUCUGGAGGGCACAGAUGGUUUGGUGCCAUGCAUGGUGACUGGCAAGCCAGUGGUGGAUGUUCACUGGCUCAGAAACAAAGAAGAAAUCUCCACUAAUGCAGGAAAGCGUGUGCGUCAGCUGCCUGAUAAUACACUCCUCAUUGAGAAUGUGAAGAGAGAGGAUGCUGGGACAUACUAUUGCCAGGCCCAGAUCAGAGGAAGGCCCAUUAAUGAGCAACUCCCCAUCUCUGUUGUCGUCAAUGUUCUUCCAUCUGUGCGACUGAGAGAAGAAGUGAAAAGAGUGAUGGCCGGACCAGAAGCCAAUGUUUCGUUGCUGUGUUUAGUAGACGGUGUACCAAAACCCAACAUCACCUGGACCAUGCCAGUAGCAUAUGACCCUUCACAUCAUCAGUUUAACUCAGACCGCAGCCAGCUGACCAUACGGUCUGUUGCCCGGGUCGACUACGGAGAGUACAUCUGCACCGCCACCAACAAGAUAGCUGAGAGCAGUGCUACUAUUUUGCUUCAUGUUUUUGAGGCUCCAGAGGUGUUUGUGUCAGCAGAGCAGCAGAGUGUAUCAAUGGGUGAGCGUGUAUCUGUGUCCUGUAACGUCUCAGGCCAUCCUCAGCCUGAGCUGCACUGGCUCAACAAGAACAAUGGACGCACACUGGACUCCACCACCGGUCGAGUCCGUGUCGUUGAUGGUGUGUUGGUGAUUGAUGAGGUAGUGCCCUCUGAUGGUGGACUGUAUUCCUGCAUGGCUGUCAGCAUCUCUGGAAAUGCAUCCAGAGACAUUGCAAUACACACCCAGCCUGGUCCACCUCACUACCUGUCAGUCUCACCUGGACCAACUUCAGUCAUCUUCUCCCUCAAAACCACACCCAUCGAUGGAGGGACACCAAUCACAAGUUUUGUCCUGCAGUGGAGGCAAAGUGCAGCAGAACAGUGGAAGGAGAUCGCAGUCCCAACUUCAGGUCCUCUAACUCUCACCAACCUCAAGCCAUACACAUUGUACACAGUGCGUCUGGCUGCCUUGAAUGCCAUGGGAGUGGGACAGUUCUCGGAAACAAACACCGUCCGCACCCAGGGAAUACAGGGUGAACCAGACAGUCCAGUGUUGUUGUCCAGUGAGAUGAAAGUAGAGGGCAACUCCAUCUUCAUCCCUCUUAAACAGCUUGAUGAUGGUGGAACUCCUCUGCUGCACUUUCACAUGCGAUACAGACAGAAUAAAGAGCGGAGUGAGUGGAAAAAUGUGGAGCUGCCAUCCGAUGCUGACUCUAUCUCCCUUCAAGACCUGUCCUACGGCUCAGACUAUCAACUGGAACUCAAAGCCAUCAAUGCUAAUGGUUCCUCUAUCCCUGCCAGGUUCAACUUCACCAUCGCAGCACAGCCUGUGAGCAACCGCAUGACCAAAGGCAGCGUGAUUUCCAUCGUCAUGGUGAUCUUCUUGGUGGUAUUCCUGGUGGUAGAUGUCACCUGCUGCUACAGAAAUCGCUGCGGCCUGCUCAUGUCCAUUGUGAAACUCUUUGGACAGAAAGUCCCAGGCCUCAAAAUGUUUGAAGACGGAGAGGUAGCCACCAAUGGAGAAGUGAAGCUGAAGGGUAUAACAACUCCAAGAGCCAGUGUGCAUGAUGCAGGGGUUCAGACACUCACUAGGGACGGGCAGCUUGCAGAGGUCACCUGCGACAAAGCCCCCCUCACCAAACACGAGAAAAAACUGUCAGGCAGAGACCUGCACUUUGACGAUGCAUGAGACCAGACACCAGAGAAACAGGAAACAACAAAUAAGACAAGUCAACGGACAAGUGAUAAUGUAAAGACAAGAAGAUAUCAAACAAUCACUGAGUCUUAAUAACUGAGUCAGAACAGUCAGCGAUCCUUACCUUCAAUACAACUUCCAUGGGAAAGGUCAAUCAUUACUGACAGGCUGAGGGAAAAAACUCAGAUGUUGUUGAGGUUUAUUUAAACUGUUCUGUUUCAGACGUCUGUGCUGUUGGAGUGAGAGGACAGUGGGCUGAAAAUCAGCUCGCAUAAAGAGCUGUUGUUGUUCUGUGUGCUCUGAUGUAGAUUAGGUCAAAAGACAAAUUUUACAUUACAAUUUUACAAAAAUUCAUUUUACAGGGUAAUUUUGAUGUCUUGUGUUUUACAGGGUAAUAUUACUGGUGUUAUAAAUUUAGCUUCAAAUAUUUUCUAAAAGUCACAACAAAUGUUUACCUUCAGCCUUUUGAAUGUUGUGCACAGACACAAGAUCUUAUUUUAUAUUUACUCUUUGGUAAAUGUACCAUGGAUAUCCUGUGUAAUGCGCUGAAGAAUUCUGUUUUUUACCUAUAUGUAUAUAUUUUUUAUUGUUAUUAAUGUUUUUAUUAACAUGCAACGUGGCUGCUCUCCUGAUGGUUGUAUAAGACUAAACAUCUUAUACUUUCAGAUGAAAUAACACUGUAUCCUGAUACUGACCUGUAUUUUGAACCAUUUAAAGGACAUUUCAGCUUAAACUAAACUUGCCUAACCUUUAUUUAAUUAUCAUGCACUAAUAUUUAUUGUUUUUAAACCAUACAUGAGAGAUAUUUAUCACGAGAGGCUUUGAACUUGAGGCCAUAUUUGAUUUUGUAAUCAGCUCUAUAAGAACUUUUUUUUUAAUUCUCAGCACCUAAUUCACGGGAGCAUGUAAUUAAAAGCAGCUUUUAUUAUGAGAACCUUCUUUGAUGUACCUGUAAUAAUAGGUGUCAUGUAAAACAUAUAUACACCCAAACAAAGUUGACCACUGCUGUAAGUUAUUCUGGACUUAUUGUCAAAUUGAAAUUUACAGUAAGUAAACAUGUUCAGAGGUGCUGUAUGUGACUCUGGAGAAAGACAGAUGAUUCUUGAGUUUCAUUCCCAGGGUGUCAGAUACUGAUGUUGUUAUUUGUCAGCCUAGACUUGACAAUCAUCCAUCUUUCUCCAGAGUUACACACAGCACCUUUCAAGUGAAAAUGUUUCAGGUCAAAUAUUUAAUUUACAGCUUUUUGUUUAGAAGAUGCUAUGCCGUCUUUCAUGUUUUCAAGUGACCUGGCCGUCUUAUUGAAGUGUUAUGAUAUUGUUGUAAUAUUGCAUUGACCGCUGUACAUGGCUGUACAUACACAUGUUGUUACAUCUUUUUGUUUGAUAAAAACUUCGACUGUAAAAGAGCUUCAUGUC